AUGACGGCGAUGAUAUGGCGUUCGCGAGCUCGUGUGCUGCUCCUACUCCGUUCGACCAUUCCCCGGUCACCGCCGCCACCUCCACCACCACAUCCUACUCCAACCCUAACCCGAUUCUCACCUCCCCGCCCUCUCUCCCGCUUCCUCUCCUCCUCCCCGGAUCCCAUCCCCUAUGCCUGUUCCUCCGCCGCCGCGGAUCCCUUCCCUGAAGCAUUCUCAUCCCCGACCGAGGUUUCCCAAGAUGCCACUGAGGCCGGGGAGGACAACCUGAGCUCGAUGUGGGAGGAAGCUGGGGACGCCGACGAUAUCUUCGCCUCCCCCGGCGGCGCCGACGCCGUAGCCGACGAUGAGGAGGUCGCCCGCGUGUGCGCCGCCGUCGAGUCCACUCCCGAGGACAAGAUCGCGUCCACCCUCGCCGACAUGAUCGUGGAUUUCAACGAGCCGCUCCUCGCCGCAGUCCUCCUUGCUGCCGAGCAAUGCUCCUGUAAGAAGCUGAUUUCCCUGUUCAACUAUGCCGCGAAGAAUAACCCCGCUGCCAAGAACCUCUCGAAUCUUGAGAUUCUCGUGAGCAAGGUAGCUGAUUCUGAUGAGAUAGACAAAACAGACGCUUAUUUGCUUUGGGAUUCGAUUAAGGAAAUUGGCCUGUGCCAGGAUCAUGACAGCUAUUAUCUUGUGAUUGAAGCAGCACGAAAGAAGUCCAUGUUCCGCUCUGUUUGUGAAGUCUGUGAGAAGAUGAUUGGCUCUGCCUGCUUCCCUAAUCGUGAGAAGACUGGCAGGAUUUUAACUUACCUUUGUGAGGGGAAGAAGCUGCUGGAAGAGUACCAAGGGGAGUCGCUUAAGCAUGCAGGCAAGUCCUUUGCCACAGUUGUACAUGCUUUGUGUAGGGUAAACAAAAUGGAGGAUGCAAAUAAUUUGUUGACUAGGAUGGUGCAGCUUGAAGAGUACCAAGGGGAAUCUCUUAAGAAUGCAGGCAACACAUUUGCCACAGUUAUACAUGGUUUGUGUAGGAAAAAGAAACUGGAGGAUGCAAAAACAUUGUUGAUGAGGAUGGUAAAUGUUGGCCCAGCUCCAGCAUUGUCAAAACAGGGAGAAAUGGAGAAUGCAAAAGAUUUGAUGAGAGUGAUGGAGAGCCAAGGGAUCAGUCCUGAUAUCUAUACUUACAGUGUGCUCAUGAGUGGCUACAUAAAAGGAGGCAUGAUCAGUGAAGCCCAUGAUCUACUUCGUGAAGCUAAGAAAGUUCAUCCGAAGCUAAACAGGGUUGCUUAUCAUAUACUUAUCCGUGGAUACUGCAAGAUGGAGGACUUUGAGAAGGCCAUUGAGUGCCUAAAGGAGAUGAGGAAAGAUGGGUUGCUGCCAAAUGUGGAUGAGUAUGACAAACUGAUUCAGUCAUUGUGUCUCAAGGCUAUGGACUGGAGAAGAGCUGAGAAACUCCUGGAGGAAAUGGAGGAUAGUGGUUUAUGCCUAAGGGGUAUAAGUCGCAGCCUCAUAGCUGCAGUCAAGGAGUUGGAAGGAGAGGAAAUGCAGUCAAAGGCGAGCCAAGAAGCAUAG